AUGAAUCGCUCUAAUCGUAUAAUUCUGCUCCUUGUCAUAGAUGUUUUCUUCUUCUUUGUCGAGCUUAUCGCCGGAUAUGCCGUCGGCUCACUAGCUCUUGUCGCGGAUAGUUUUCAUAUGCUGAACGAUGUCAUGAGUUUGGCUGUUGCUCUUUACGCCAUCAAGCUCACAAAUCAAACGAGCACCGAUUCUCGGUAUUCAUAUGGCUGGCAUCGCGCCGAAAUUCUUGCUGCCCUGAUCAACGGUGUAUUCCUUCUCGCACUGUGUUUCUCCAUUUUCUUGGAAGCUAUCGAGCGAUUUUUCAGCACUCCAGAAAUCAGUAAUCCGAGUCUUGUGGUUCUCGUUGGCUCGUUGGGUCUUGCAUCGAAUGUAGUAGGGCUUUUCCUGUUUCACGAGCACGGCCAUAGCCAUUCCCACGGCAAGGAAAGUAUUGCAUCGAAACCAGGCAGUGUCCAUUCUGCGGACGGAACGGAAGACGCGCCCAAGGUUUCUGCUGUACCGAAAAACAUUACUUUGCCUCGUACUCGUACCCGCUCGGACUCCUAUUCAUCUUUGUAUGGCCAUCCAGCUGCUACGCGAGCAUCUCUUGUACAAGCAGCACAAGACAUUGCAUUUGCUCGGUCGCCCUCUCCGAGUGGUCGUCGGGCCAAGUCACGCCGUCGGUCGCGCUCGCGAGAACAUUAUGGUGUGAGCGGAGUGGACAAUGACGACACCGCAGCCAAUUCCUCGUCAGGCGAUGGUCCACGAACCGACGAAAUGACGCCGCUCCUGUCAUCCCCUGCCGAUAGUAAUCCCCACUCACCGCAGAGAAGCGUCAGUCACGGGGCUAGUGGUCAUGGACACUCACACAGUCAUGGAUCAAUGAACAUGCAUGCACUUCUACUCCAUGUACUAGGAGAUGCGUUAGGCAACGUCGGUGUCAUCGCGACUGGUCUCAUUAUCUGGCGCACCUCUUGGAGUUGGAAAUACUAUUUUGAUCCAAUCAUCAGUUUGGUAAUCACUGUCAUUAUUUUCUCUUCUGCUUUGCCAUUAGUUCGCAGUACAUCUUUCAUCCUUCUACAAGGCGUACCGUCCACAGUGUCUAUAGAAGAGGUGAAAGAGGCCAUCUUGGCCGUCGAAGGGGUCCUGUCGUUGCACGAGCUACAUAUCUGGCAACUAUCAGAAACCAAAAUAGUUGCUUCUGUGCACGUUAUGGCGUCAAGAAACCAUGACUUUAUGCCCGUUGCGGCACAGAUCAGAAAGGCUCUACAUCACCAAGGUAUACAUUCGAGCACAAUACAGCCGGAGUAUCACAACCCUCGCAACUCUCCACCAGAAGACGUAAUAAGGACGUCCCGAGCAACGUCAUGUCUUAUUAUGUGCCCCCCCGACGCAGCAUGUGACCCUUCUGAGAACGCUUGUUGUCCACCGCCUACAUUCGAUGUUUAG